AUGUCACAGAACAGCGUAUACUCGUCGGGCCAGUUCAUGAACCCGGGCCCUGCGCCGCGGCCCCCCACCGACAGACAUAGGCUCAAUCUCAUGCCAAACACAAACAGUAUGCCCGGUAGCAUGUCCAGUAGCAUGUCCAGCAUGUCCAGCAUGUCCGGCACCACCCUCAGCGGCAUGUCUAGCAUGGCCAUUUCGCCAAUUCCCGGUACCGCCACCUCGACCUACUCCGGUUCCACCAUUUCCCUGCCCAUUGCUCGCCAGCAGACCAACCCCGCUGACGGCAUGGGUGGCGUGGCCAUCAAGAAGGAAGGCUGGGCCUCGGUCAAGGAGAGCAAAAACUUCAUCCAACCCUGGAAGCAAAAGUACCUCAUUCUUCGUAAAGAGUCCCUCGACUUCCACAAGACUGAGGGUGGCAAGGUUUCCUACACAAUCUAUCUCAAAGACGUCCUGAAUGUCGGCCGAGUCGAGACCACCGGUAUCAUCUUUGAGAUUAAGCGCCGCCUAGACUGCGCUUCCAACAAUCCCGGCGAUGACGACGGUCAGACCAAGACCCUCCAGAUCAAAGUUAAGUCCGACGAUGAGCUCUACGAAUGGAUCGAUUUGAUCUACGGCGCGUCCCCCAACAUGGGUGGUGUCAGCAAUCCCACCAACUUCUCUCACGCCAUUCACGUCGGCUUCGAUUCCCAAACAGGACAGUUCACUGGCUUGCCUCCCGAGUGGUCCAAGCUACUCAACUCCUCCGCCAUCACCAAAGAAGAUUAUUACCGCAACCCGCAGGCGGUAUUCGAAGUCCUUGAUUUCUACACUGACUUGGCUAAGCGCGCUGAAAACCCUAACCAAUAUCCAUCUCUCACCCCCACCUCUCCAGCCGCCGCGCAAGCUCAGAAGCAGCUUGCUUAUGCUGGCGCCGGCAUCGCACCUCCACGCCCGGCCCCUCCCACACCCCAGGCGUCUGUCUACAGCGUCGCAUCCACACAGUCUAGCACCAAUGGCGCGCGUCAAGCUGAGCUGCAGCAGCAGCAACUCCAGCAACAGCAGCAACAGCGUCAACAACUGGAGACUGCCAGGAAGGAAGAGCUGCGCCAGAAGCAACUCGAGCAGGAACGUCGUGAGCUGGCAGAGUACAACGCUUCCCUGCCUCAGCACAAGACUCCUCUGGCUCGACAAGAAGUCGGCGGUGGCUAUUCGGCCGAUCCCUCCCGCGACCAACCUGAUCGAUUCAACCCCACCAGAGCUGCUCCGCCUGCCCCCAAGGGCUCUCAAAACCCUCAGCAGCUGCGCGCGCAACGCCCUGCACCUGCUCCUCCCUCGAAUGGCGGCCCUUCGCGACCUCCUGUUGCUCCGCAGUCGAGUGCCAGUCGCGAUCCCAAUGGCCAGCGUCCUCGUGAAAAUGGACCCUCCAACCAGGGUCCGCGUUAUCAGCCCACCAACCAGCAAGGCCAGCAGCGACCGCCUCAAGGUCCAGGCCAAGGCACAUCCCGCCUGCCUGCGCCCGUGAAGCCUUUGAACGUGGCUCCCAAGCCUUUACAGAAUGCUGCUCAAAGCGACUCGGUCAAGGCUGCCGAGGCUGCCCUGUCCAAGCCCGCCGAGAAGAAGCAGGAUGUCCGCAUGUCGACCAUGUCUGAGACUGAAGUCAUGGCCAAGCUCAAAGAGGCCGUCUCCAAAGAUGACCCCAACCUGUCAUACUCGAAGCAGAAGAAGAUCGGUCAAGGCGCUUCCGGUUCCGUUUAUGUUGCCAAGAUCAAGGAGACUGCUGUGGGUAUCGCUCGCGAUGUCCUGCGUCAGCAGGGUCCCAGAGCCCAGGUUGCCAUUAAACAAAUGGAUCUCGCCCAUCAACCCCGCAAGGAGCUGAUAGUCAAUGAAAUCAUGGUGAUGAAGGACAGCCGACACAAGAACAUUGUAAACUUUCUCGACGCAUUUUUGCGCAACAAUAAUGCCGAACUCUGGGUUGUCAUGGAGUUUAUGGAGGGUGGUGCGCUGACUGAUGUCAUUGACAACAACCCAUCCAUCUCUGAAGAGCAGAUUGCCACCAUCUGUCACGAGACUUGCCGCGGUCUCCAGCAUCUUCACCGACAGCACAUUAUCCACCGUGAUAUCAAGAGUGACAAUGUCCUCUUGGAUGCCCGCGGUAAUGUCAAGAUCACCGAUUUUGGCUUCUGUGCCAAACUUACGGACGCCAAGUCGAAGCGCGCCACGAUGGUCGGUACACCAUACUGGAUGGCGCCCGAGGUGGUGAAGCAAAAAGAAUACGGCCCCAAGGUGGAUAUUUGGUCUCUCGGUAUUAUGGCGAUUGAGAUGAUUGAAUCUGAGCCACCUUAUCUCAAUGAGGAGCCUCUCAAGGCCCUGUACCUGAUCGCCACCAAUGGCACACCCCGCCUCAAGAAGCCGGAGAAGCUGAGCAAAGAGCUCAAGGCUUUCCUGUCCGUCUGUCUGUGUGUGGACGUCAAGAGUCGUGCUUCGGCGGAUGAGCUGCUGGCUCACGACUUUCUCAAGCAUGGCUGCCCUCUUGGCACGUUGGCGGAUUUGUUAGCAUUCAAGAAGCAUGCCAAAUAA